AUGCCACAAACGAACGAAGAACAGGAAGAGGAUGGCAGCAAAAAUAUGGUAUCCAACUUGCCGCUCCUAUUUGCGGACGGCUACCCAACGUCCCUGGACAAGAUCACCGAAGCACAGCUGCAAAAGUUCAUACCGUUCAUGGUACAGUGUUCGCUGGGAAACGUCACUAUCCAAACGAUGACCGAAUUUAAUAGGCCUCCCUGGUGGCCAAAAGAUUUGGAAUUUACCAAACCAUUCAAACGGCCAAAAUCGUUCACCGGGGAUUGGUUGCUCAAGAUGCGAGAACUCGUGGUAGCAUGUUACGACGCCCACGACAACAUUUAUCUCCUACGGUACUGUGCUGAUCUGGCAAAGUUUCAACCGACAGCGUUGCGAUUCAUUAACAACUACAACUCUACGACAUCUCUGUUCGAGCGGUCGUCGAACAAGUUGUUGGUUACAUUUCGCAAUGAAAAUAUGCUGUACGAUCAGGAACAAAAGAUAAACAGUCGCAAGUGCCUUCUACCGAAGCAAUCUAACUCCCAGUCUUGCUUAGCCACUCAGGAGGAAAUGGUCAUAUCAGAAUGCUUCGAUAUCUAUCUUUGCGACAACUGUGAUGCCGAGCUAUACUCCGCAGGAGCAAUGGUGGAGCACGAGCGUGUCUGCCUGGGGGAGCAGAGCAAUGCCGAGUUGGCAGACACUAGUGACGACGAUGACGUUAUCUUUUGUGGAACAGUGCUGGAAGAUCAGCUUCCACUCGAUUCGGCAGCUCGUGCGCAUGCAGAACAGCAGAAGAUGGUAUCGUUUCUGUCGCAGAAUUUCAUGUUGCGUUGUACGAACUCGAAAGAAUCGACGAUCUCCAACUCGCACCAGUCCAGCGGUAGCAGUAGUACCGAGCUCGAAGGUGGAACUGUCGAGUGUAAUAUCGGAGCAAAGCAUCACCGUAUGCCUAGACGCUCACGCCAGGUUGUUACACUAGCGAAAUGCACACAAAUUCCGCUCUCCUCACCGUUGGGUUUGUUUAUGUUGAAAACUUCCAAAAUCAUUACGACAACCGAUUAUCUGUACGAGCGAUUCGAACGUAUGGACAAAUAUUGUACUGCUCCACCCCUUCCAGCUGGUGCAUUCUAUUCAUUGCAGCCAAAUCUUGCAAUGGAGGGUUUGCAGGAAUCUUCUACCGCUCCAGACCGACGGAUACCCAGAUGGUUCUUUGGAAAAGUGAAAUCAGGCAACGGACCAAACGGUCAAUGGCCGUUCACGUUCAAACGACCUACAGACGAUUCUUUCGAACCGUCGCAACGCCAAUACAAAUUCCCUCGGCGCCAGUUCUCUAACAAGCAUCGGGAAGCAAACUUUCUGUUCUACAACAAACUACUGCUGCAACGUUGCCGACCGUGUGUGGUGAGCAUGAAAAGACUGACCCUUGCCGAAGUGCAGGAACUUGCUCUCCUGCCCGGUAUCGAACGGGCACAGAGGGAGGCCGAGCAUGCAGCCAUGCUGGAACGGCAACGACGGAAAGAGCUUGCUGUAAUAGCAGAAAGUGCAAUGGUUAUCGAUAGCAUUGAUCUCUGCUCUUCCGAUGAAGAUAUGGAGGUGGGAAUGUCAGAUGGUAAGGAAGCACAGUACGUGCAAGAGCAGGAAUACUCAAGUUCCUUUGAUACCGAUUUCAUCGCACAUGACCAUGUAGAAACGAUCGUAAUAGAAAUGGACGACAGUAUGAGCAGCGAUACAAAUGAACUCACAAAUACUAGUUUCUAUGCCAAUGGUUCCCUACAGCAAAAGCACAAUGCCAGCAAUGUACUGCCGGAAAUGGGGCCGAAAUUCGCAAAGAAGUCCUUCAUAGGUACAAUGCUCAGUGAAAGCACGUUCCGUUUAAAUAAAUCACUUCCGGCAGGGCAUAGCAACGGUAAAAUCAUCAUGGAUGGUACGCGACAACCACUUACCGCACCGCUGUACCUGUACGCGAAUUGUAGCCAAACGGCUGUCAAUGUGUCGGAUGAUGCGCAAUUUUCCAACGCGAGUCGUUUGAUCGUCCGCAAAAGUAGCAGUUUGCCUUUGAAGGAAAAUUUGAAAAACGGCUUUGAAAGUCCCGGUACCGUUGGUAACAGCGCUAAUGGAGAUGGUUUGCUCGUAGGCGAUGCUGGUGGUGGGCAAUAUGCUGCCACUUCCCUUCCUGUGCAUCAAGCAGCAGCAGCAGUACAACCACGGGCCGUAUUGCUUGCUGGACCCACCACGUACGGGCAUCCAAUAAUCGGUACCAUUCCAGCUUCGUUCAACGACAGUGGCAGUCCACACGCGCGAUCAAGGGCUUCCGUUAUACAGACGUUCCCCACGGCAACUUAUGUUACUCAGCCGGUACACACACCUAACAAUGGUACCAGUACGCUGGCUGUCUCGAGCCCAACCGUAGCUAAUCUUCAGUAA